AUGCCAAUCAAACCUGUUGGGUGGAUAUGUGGACAGGUGUUGAAGAACUUUUCUGGAAAAAUUGAGGGUCUCCAGAAAGCAAUCAUGGACCUCGUAGAUGAGUUUAAAGAUGAAUUCCCAACCAUCCUACGAAUAUCACAGUCAAAUCAGAGUAGAGAACCCAUCAAAAAAUUUUCCAAGGUCAAAAUGGCUAAUGUUUUAGCCAGGAUCAAUCGAGGAACAUUCAUUCAAGGAUUACACAGCAUAUCCAGAUCCUCUAAAUCAGUGGCCAGACUUCUGCAGCCUCAGCUUGCUUAUCGGCUUUUAGAGCUAAGGGACAUAUCUGGUCGUUUGCUGAGGGAAGUCAAUACCCCAAAGCAACCCCUCUAUAACUUGCAGGUCAGAAAAGGUUCUUUGUUUGAAAUUAUUUCCUUCCCAGCAAAGACUGCUUUAACUAGCAUAAUGUAUGCUUCAUAUGCAGCACUAAUUUAUUUGACGGUCUGUGUGAAUGCUGUGUUGGAGAAGGUAAAGAGCAUUUUCCAGGAAGAAGACUCUAUACGGCAAAGCAGAGAGGAGAGUGAAAAUCUUAGAAAAGCCUUUUCUGAGCCCGUGCUUUCUGACCCUAUGUUUCCGGAAGGUGAAAUCAAAGCAAAACCUUACAGGUCAUUGCCGGAGAAGCCAGACAACGUUUCAGAUCACCCCAAGCUUCCUGCUAAUAAGUUGAGUAAUAAGAUCCAGGUUUUACAUUCUGUGUUUGACCAAUCAACUGAAAUGAAUUAA